CCAAUGGUUUAAUGCCCAUAGUUAUGCUGUUCAACCCUUCGACCACAAUACAAUAGCUUGCCUCCCAGACUUGAUACCUUCCCUGUGGUCAAUCCUUUGUGGUCUAAGAACAUUUUCUAUGAUUCUACUUGUAUCAACUUUGCCACAAAUGUUAGUGUGGGCUCGAGUUAUUUGGAUGGAUGUGGUUUGGAAGAUUAUUAUAGUUAUGAUUGCUGCAUACAAAAUGAACGUUUUUGCUCAAGCCUAUGAAAUGAAGUCCUGGUGGGGUUGCCACACGUUUCAGUGGGAGAGGUGGUUAGGUGUUUUGAUGUUCACGGGGGGUAUUUCACCUAAUGAACGUGGGUCGCAGAUGGUUUGUGUGUGAGUCGAAGGGUUAACAAUCCCAUCUGAGCACCAGGCUAGAUUAUGAUUGAAAAUGCAGUGAUUUCAUGACAAAGAUUGUGAAAAAGGUGAUGGGAAUUUCAUGAUUUUGGCUAUGGUGUAAUUCACCUGGCAUUAAACUAUGCUUUGCCAUUCUGAGAUUAAAACCUAAUAAAUAUGAGGUAUUAGACACAUCAUUAGAUCCCCAGGCAGUCCGAGGAGAUAGCCUUAGAGUUCUAUAAAAAUGUUUUGGUACGAAAAUUGAAAAAAAAAAGGUUGGUUUGGUCUCCCAGUUGUGCUCAGUCCAAGCAAACAUUCAGCUCUGUGAUAGUUAAAUUAACCCAGUUGGCUUACCUUGCUGUAAAUUAAGCAGGUCAUUAGGCCUCAUCACAGGACAGAGAAUUACCAUUAAGUUAUAAUUAGAUAUGCACCGAUUGAGCAGAAAGCAGAGUAGCAUUUUGGGCACUGGUAAUCAAUGGAUCCUCUUGAAACCACAAAGAUUGUUGGCUAAGGCCACAAACAAGCUGAGGGCCAGGCAUGUAUAAGUCUGCAUGCAAUGGACAAAUUAAGUAGUCACCAACAAAUUAAUUUUUUGUGCAAUACAUAAAUUGCACAAAAAAAUAAUUUUUUGUGCAAUACAUAAAUUGCUCAAGCUGAAGAGAGUGAAACCAUUAAUUACUUUUACUCUUAUUUUGAUGUAAUUUAUUUCUAAGUAACAUUUGACAACAGACGGUUUUAAGAGUUAGGUCAGGAAUUGGAGCAUGUGCUGGUUUGACACUUUGCCAGGCCAACCAUGGUCAUGUAUUGUGUUUAAAAUUUCCACUAAUGUAUUAUUUUAAAAGAUCAUUUAAUUUCUUUUAGUUUUAUUCACAUUUGAAUAAAUAUACUCCAGAAAUGUUGGUAUAAAAUACACCAGAAAACAAAGAAUUAAGGCAUUGAAAUGCAUUGAAUCUUCUGGUGGAGAUUUGUUUGAGUGAAAGAGGUCACUGGUCUGCAGUUUUGGAGGAUUUUUUUAAGAUGGUAAAUUAUCAGUGAAUGCCUAUUCAGAGUCUAAAAUGCUAUUUUCAUCAAAGAAAGUCAGAAGUCUGAUGCUCGUUGAGCUAAGUUGUUAGUGGCCAUAGUCCUCAGUGCCCUGGAUGCAGUUUGAAGUCUCAGUCUCAGAGAGGAGAUGGGUCAUGCAUUUUUGGUGUAUGUCUUUCCCUGCUGUCUCUCCCAAUUUCCAAUCUCUCUUUAGUUGUCCUAUCUAUCAAAGACAAAAGUCCAACAACUGUUUAAAAGUGCACCAAAUAUUUGUUUUUUGCUCUUUAUUAUAGUUAUUUUAAAGAAAGAAAAUGUGAGCUGGGGAGGAAAAUGGAUAUCAGCAGCUUGGACCUUGAAAAAAAUCAGAAAUUGGAUCAGUUGAAGAAUUUGCGAUCGGUGCAUCUCUAGUUAUAUCUUACUUUUAGGUGAGGCUAGAUUUUUUUAGUUUUCAAACUUUCAGGAUAACUUUUUCAGACAUAUUAGUUUAUAAUAAACCCUUUUCUUAAGUUUUGUAAGCUUUAAGACUUUGAUUUGAUAAGACGUUAUUAGAGUCAGAAAAGACACACUCAACAGACUAUAUUAUAGACCAGUUAGUUUAUCUUUGUCUCCAUUUUAUUGCAUCUUCACUCCCCCAACGACAUGAGCUAAAUGACCUGAGUGUAUCAGGUCUGGUCUAGUUAGGGCUUAUCUGAAGCCUGCAUGUAGAGAGAGCUCUUUGUACAAAGUUGUUGUGUCAAUAUAUUUUUAUUUUACAACUCUCUCUGUAAAAUAGAAAUAUGUUAACAAGAAAAAAUGUGUACAACAAUACCACAGGCCCAUACUAACUGUCCUUAAUUUCUCUCCUACAGCAGUACUGCUUUGCCAGUCCUGUACUGCACUCUGUUAAGGGUGCAGCAACUCAUCCUGUGUAGGUUAUGGGGAUCACAGAGAUCUAUGCACUUGACAGUUUGGUCAGGGUCCACUAGCUGCUUGUUUGGGGGGAAUCGGACACAGCCCUUCUACAAUAAACCCCUCCCCUUCAAUUUUAGCUAAAUUAUUGAGGCAUUCACAUUGGACAUUCAUUGGCCAAAUGUUUCACAUCCUAUUUUUGCCUUUCUCAUUAGUUACCUAUUCUUGAAAUUCAAGACCUAUAUCUAUAAUUGAUUUGUAAUUAUCAGCCUGCCUGUUGAGAUUUACUUACUUGCCUCAUUUAGAUGCAAAAAUACAUACUUCUGUACUAUAUAUCGAUGUAAUUCUUAGCCUGGAAAUCUGACUUUAUUGCUAGUUUAAAUUAAGGGGAAUGUAGACAACAGGGUCACAUGUGAUUUUUGUCAAGUUUUAUGAUAAUACCCAAGAAGAUUAUUUCUGUUUUUUUUUUUUUUUUGAGUGCAAUGAAUCAAUGAUGCAACCCAGGUGGUAUACUGUUGUGUGUGAGUUCAAACCCUUUUCCAAAGUGUUACUAAUGGUAAAGAGAAAUUUUCUAGGCUUCUUUUCUGCCGGUUGAAGUCUGACUGCAGAAGGACCCUUGGCACUGAAAGUGGGGCAAAACGCCGGAUCCCAAGCUGCAGGUCAGAUCAUACGUGGACGUCAUGUUGGAGCAAAACCUGUCCAAAGAGGAGAGGGAGAUUCGUCAGCAGCUGGCAGAGAAGGCCAAAGCUGGGGAGCUGAAAGCAGUCAACGGGUCCGCUGCAAGCCAAGCUGCCGCAAAACGUAAGCGCCGCUGGGACCAGACAGCAGACCAGACCCCCUCUGCUACACCCAAAAAGAUGUCCAGCUGGGACCAGGCUGACACUGCUGCUGAGACUCCAGGACACACUCCUGCACACACACCUUCAAACAGUAGAUGGGAUGAAACCCCUGGUCGUCCUAAAGGCAGUGAAACCCCAGGAGCCACCCCAAGUUCACGCAUGUGGGACCCCACUCCAAGCCACACGCCUGCAGGUGCUGCCACACCUGGAAGAGACACACCAGGCCAUGCCACACCCGGACAUGGAGGAGCCACAGGAAGUGUCCGCAAAAACCGCUGGGAUGAGACACCAAAGACGGAAAGAGAGACCCCUGGACAUGGGAGCGGCUGGGCUGAAACACCCCGCACAGACAGAGGAGAUGAGUCGGUAGGAGAGACGCCGACUCCAGGAGCCAGUAAGAGGAAGUCUCGGUGGGAUGAAACUCCUGCCAGUCAGAUGGGAUCCUCAACGCCACUUCUUACCCCUGGAAAAACUCCGAUAGGAACGCCAGCUAUGAACAUGGCCACCCCAACACCAGGUCACUUGAUGAGCAUGACUCCAGAGCAGCUGCAGGCAUGGAGGUGGGAGAGAGAAAUCGAUGAGAGGAACAGACCUCUCACAGACGAGGAGCUUGAUGCCAUGUUUCCAGAGGGAUACAAGGUUUUACCUCCACCAGCGGGCUACGUACCGAUCCGUACCCCGGCCCGUAAGCUCUCAGCCACACCCACUCCUAUUGGAGGCAUGACGGGUUUCCACAUGCAGGCUGAAGACCGAACCACCAAACAGAUGAACGACCAACCUUCAGGAAACCUCCCCUUCCUCAAACCUGACGACAUCCAGUAUUUUGACAAGCUGCUGGUGGAGGUGGAUGAGUCCACGCUGAGUCCAGAGGAGCAGAAAGAGAGGAAGAUCAUGAAACUGCUGCUGAAGAUUAAAAAUGGAACACCGCCCAUGAGGAAGGCUGCUCUACGUCAGAUCACAGAUAAAGCUCGUGAGUUUGGAGCUGGACCCCUCUUCAAUCAGAUCCUGCCUCUACUGAUGUCACCCACCCUGGAGGACCAGGAGCGCCAUCUGCUGGUCAAAGUCAUUGACCGCAUUCUCUACAAACUGGACGACUUGGUUAGGCCAUAUGUACACAAGAUCUUGGUGGUGAUUGAGCCGCUGCUGAUUGAUGAGGACUACUACGCUAGAGUGGAAGGAAGAGAAAUCAUCUCUAACUUGGCAAAGGCUGCUGGUUUGGCCACCAUGAUCUCCACGAUGCGACCCGAUAUUGACAACAUGGACGAGUAUGUGAGAAACACCACAGCUCGAGCCUUCGCUGUGGUGGCGUCUGCUCUCGGUAUCCCCUCCCUCCUGCCUUUCCUCAAAGCCGUGUGUAAGAGUAAGAAGUCCUGGCAGGCUCGUCACACAGGCAUCAAAAUUGUGCAGCAGAUCGCCAUCCUGAUGGGCUGCGCCAUUCUUCCUCAUCUACGCAGCUUGGUGGAGAUCAUUGAGCAUGGUCUCGUUGAUGAGCAGCAGAAGGUGAGGACCAUCAGUGCCCUGGCUAUUGCUGCUCUGGCUGAGGCUGCGACUCCCUACGGUAUCGAGUCCUUUGACUCUGUCCUCAAACCGCUGUGGAAGGGUAUCAGGCAGCACAGAGGAAAGGGUUUGGCUGCUUUCCUGAAGGCUAUCGGUUACCUGAUCCCGCUAAUGGAUGCAGAGUAUGCAAACUACUACACCAGAGAAGUGAUGUUGAUCCUCAUCAGAGAGUUCCAGUCUCCUGAUGAGGAGAUGAAAAAGAUCGUACUGAAGGUGGUGAAGCAGUGUUGUGGCACUGAUGGUGUGGAAGCUAACUACAUCAAGACUGAAAUCCUGCCCCCAUUCUUCAAGCACUUCUGGCAGCACAGAAUGGCUCUGGACAGACGCAACUACAGACAGUUGGUGGACACUACAGUGGAGCUGGCCAACAAAGUGGGAGCAGCAGAGAUCAUCUCUCGCAUUGUUGACGACCUGAAAGAUGAAGCUGAGCAAUACAGAAAGAUGGUGAUGGAGACCAUUGAGAAAAUCAUGGGAAACCUGGGAGCAGCAGACAUUGACCACAAGCUGGAGGAGCAGCUGAUCGACGGUAUCCUGUACGCCUUCCAGGAGCAGACCACAGAGGAUUCUGUGAUGUUGAAUGGUUUUGGUACAGUUGUAAACGCCCUUGGGAAGCGUGUGAAGCCCUACCUGCCACAGAUCUGUGGUACAGUGCUGUGGCGUCUGAACAACAAGUCUGCUAAAGUCCGUCAACAGGCGGCUGAUCUGAUCUCACGAACAGCUGUAGUCAUGAAGACUUGCCAGGAGGAAAAGCUGAUGGGUCACUUGGGUGUCGUGUUGUACGAGUACCUGGGAGAGGAGUACCCUGAGGUGCUGGGUAGCAUCCUAGGAGCUCUGAAGGCUAUUGUGAAUGUUAUUGGUAUGCACAAGAUGACUCCACCUAUCAAAGAUCUGCUCCCUCGUCUGACUCCCAUCCUGAAGAACAGACAUGAGAAGGUUCAGGAGAAUUGUAUCGACCUGGUGGGAAGGAUUGCCGACAGGGGUGCUGAAUACGUAUCAGCUAGGGAGUGGAUGAGGAUUUGUUUUGAGCUUCUGGAGCUGCUGAAGGCUCACAAAAAGGCGAUCCGCAGAGCUACCGUCAACACGUUCGGUUACAUCGCCAAAGCUAUUGGUCCCCAUGAUGUUUUGGCCACUCUGCUCAACAACCUGAAGGUCCAGGAGCGACAGAACAGAGUCUGCACAACUGUUGCCAUCGCCAUCGUUGCUGAGACCUGCUCCCCAUUCACUGUGCUGCCAGCACUCAUGAAUGAAUACAGAGUACCUGAGCUCAAUGUGCAGAAUGGUGUGUUGAAAUCCCUCUCCUUCUUGUUUGAAUACAUCGGAGAGAUGGGAAAAGACUACAUCUACGCUGUCACACCGCUGCUGGAGGAUGCACUCAUGGACAGAGAUCUGGUUCACAGACAGACAGCAAGUGCUGUGGUCCAGCACAUGUCUCUGGGCGUCUAUGGCUUUGGCUGUGAAGACUCUCUUAACCACCUAUUGAACUACGUUUGGCCCAACGUGUUUGAGACGUCACCUCACGUGAUCCAGGCUGUCAUGGGUGCUCUGGAGGGUCUGAGGGUCGCCAUUGGACCCUGCCGCAUGCUACAGUACUGCCUACAGGGCUUGUUCCACCCUGCCAGGAAGGUGCGAGACGUCUACUGGAAGAUCUACAACUCAAUCUACAUCGGCUCACAGGACGCCCUGAUUGCUCACUACCCACAGGUCUACAACGACGAGAAGAACAUCUAUGUCCGCUACGAGCUCGAGUACACAUUGUAAAUACGAAUUAAUGUCCUCAAUUCUUUUUUCUUCUGCACUGUCGACUGGGUCGGGUUUUAGUUUAGCUCACUCUGCUUCUGUUUGACGCCACCUUCACCGACCUUGAAACAAAAAGAGCAUGAAAAAGAAGGGACGCUGUAGAGUCUGUAUGUAUUUUUUAUUUUUACUGUUGUUGAACGUCCCGGUGAGGAAAUGUGGAGGUCAUAAGCAAGAAAGAAGAAAAUGAAGCAGUCAUCAACACAAUGUUUUAAAUAUCUGGAUUAUGUUUUUUCAUUUGUGUGUAUUAAAAUCAGCCUUUGUGCUUGUUUUACACACGCAGCUCUUCUUUCACGCCUCCUCUGUUCUCAUUAGAUUGUUGCUUUAUUUAACCAAAUAAAAUGUUUGUGUAUAAAAGUCA